UUGAUUCGACACAUAAUCCAUGCCUCCUGUCGGCGCGUCAGCAACGUGUUGCUGUAAACUAGUGUUAGUUAAACGGGUUGUUGGUGUCAAGUUUAAGUUUCCUCAACCUGUUGUAGGCUUUGACCGUUAUAUCGUUUCGCCCACUAUAAGUUAUGGGUUGGGACACAAACAUAAAGCUUGCCGUUCUUCUUGGCUCAGCGACAGCUGCAGCCGUAACGUUAGCUGCUGUCUUCCUUUUCAUGAGGGAAAGAGAGAAGAAGAGGAAAACAAGGCAGGGAAGUUACGUAGAAGUCGGGAAGGUGUCCCAGAUCUUCCUGUACCCGCUGAAGUCAGGGCGAGGCUGGGAUCUACAGCAGGCAGAGUCUACAAGGAUUGGACUGAGGCAUGACAGAGUCAGGGACAGGCAGUGGAUGAUAGUAGAUGAAAGAAAUGACUUCAUCACGGCCAGGCAGGAGCGGACGCUGGUCCUGGUGACGUCCAGGCUGGACCCUGAUGGUCACCUGAGUCUGGACGCACCAGGUAUGCCCACCCUGAAGGUACCUGUUGGCCUGACAGAGGGGAUGGUGGUCAAGGCAAGAGUAUGGGGACAGGAAGGGGAGGCCAUUGACUGUGGUGAUGAGGCUGCAGACUGGUGCUCCACCUACCUGAAGAAACCAAACUGCAGGCUGUGCUACUGUGCUGACCACCUCAGGAAGAGGCGGCUGGAAGACGAUGCAGACUACGGAAAUCUGGCCAAACCCGGGGAGGAGGUGGGGUUCCAAGACUUAGGUCAAUACUUGAUGAUAUCAGAAGCUUCCCUGGACAACCUUAAUGCCAAGUUAGAACAGCCGGUCACAAGCAGAAACUUCCGACCAAACAUCAUGGUGUCUGGGUGUGCUACUCAUGCUGAGGAUUCUUGGAAAUUUGUUAAAAUAGGAGAUGCUGAGUUCAGAGCACUUAAACCAUGUACAAGGUGUGUCCUCACAACCAUUGAUCCUGAAACAGGAGUCAGGAUGGGAGCAGAGCCUCUUAAAACAUUGAGGAGGUAUCGUCAAACAUAUGGACCACUCAGAAAGCUGAUAGGCGACACUCCACUGUUUGGGACCAACCUAGUGACAGAGAAGGAAGGGACGAUCCAUGUGGGAGACACUGUGUUUGCCUCAUAUGACUGAGACAAGUCAUGCAGUGCUGCUGCUGAUGCACUGUAAGGAACAUCUGCAUUCCACCAUUCUUCAUUUGAAUGAACUGUUUUAUUUCUAGUUUUAGAAUUUUUCCUGUAUGAGGACUACUCAUCUAAGUCAUUUUGUGUAUUGGCAUCCUUUUUAGGCUUCAUAUUUAUUAGAAAUCAAUGUAGCAAGAGUUCAUAAUAUAUGUAGGCAUGGCUGAAGAUCAGGUCAUCUUUACAGACCCUAAUAUAAUCUUCUUUGUCAUCAUGUUUUAAAUAAAGCCAAGAAAGUGACACAAUCUCCCUGGAGGAAUUUACAGGAUUUUAAUACAACAUACAUGUAUGUGUAAGAUAUGUGAACAAUGUUUACGUACCAGGUUCUGAAUCAGGAUGUAUCAUGAAUUAAGGGUGAGGGAGGUGGUAAGUGCUCCUGACUUCUCUUUAAGUAGCAGAUGACAGGAAAACAUUAAAAGUGCAGAAAACAUGCCCACAGGCAAAUCCAGUCAAACAGGAAAGACGUCUAAAUAAGACAUGAUGAGAACAUCAUAAGGCACUAGAGAACGUGAGGGAAUGGACAGCAGAACUGUAGAAACAUCAUGGAGAUAGUGUUGAAGAUAACGAUAUCAGGAAACUAUCUGAAGAUGUUGCUUCAAGUCUUCUACAACUGCAAGUAAAAAGGCAUAUGGGACAGAUAAAGGACAGUUUUUAAGUUCAACUUGUUACUUUUUACAAUCUCCAGUGUUUGUGAUGGCAAGAGUAACAAUGCUAACAAUUCACAAGGGUAUUUUUAGUUAGUUCUAUUACAUGGUGCAAGUAGACAUCCCAGCAUGGUACACAUCAAAGCAAUUGCAUUCUAUCCCUUUCAGUGACUAUGUACUGUUUUGGCAUUCCACACAGUGAAACCCUUUUCUACACCCUACUGUGUUUGUAAGUACAAGCUACAUAAUAAUUAAUACACAGACUGGGUAGGUAUUUGCACAAAUGGUUUAACCUACUACCUUUCCUACAAUCUUAAGCUAUCCACCUGCAUACUGCAGUAUGUACCUUUUGGCUGUGGAUUAAAUUAUGGUACAACUAAGACUUAAUGAAGUAUACAGACUUUUGCAUAGAACUCUUGAAAAUUAAACAAAUGAUAUCAAUAUCAAUAAAUUAGUAAUAUACAUUAUUUGACAUAAUCAGAAUUAUUGAGGUAAAUAUAAAUCUUUGUAAAAAUUUAAGAUUUCUCUACAAAACUGUGAUGCCAAAAGGGCAGUGGUCUUAUCCAUAGGCAAGGAGUGUUACUAUUGCAUUAAGUGUGACAACUUUAAGUGGAGCAACAAGCUUGGUCUUGUGCUUUCUAUAUGGCCUUAAAGAAUAUCAUUUAUUACAAACUUGUUCAGUGUUGAAGAAGCAUUUACUGGCCUGUCAUAGUGAAAGCCACACAAGCUGUUUCAGCUGAAAUGUGCUUCUGUAUUACUGAAGUACAGAAUCUGAUGUAUCGUCUACAGUGUGGGGAGCAAAAUGUGCAUUUACAGCAAUUACAAGGUCGUUGAAAACCUGAACUGACAAAAUUGUGUACCUUGUCUCUAUGGCUGGUACGUACACACAAAAUUGCAACUUGUGUGAGUCAUGUAUAAAAUAGGUGCUUGGCACAAGUGAAGUGUUUCUCCUUGGCAAAUCAUCUGUUUCCCAGUAUGCUAUCUGUAGUUUUCAUAGACACCAACAUUUUACAAGUGCUUACAAAUGGCUACAGUGAGGACAUGUUUACAGUGCUGGGGCACUCACUUGAUGACAUACAGACUAAACAACGGAGUAAGGACUUAAACUGUCAGUCUGUGACACUACUGUGCAUGGUCUUUUUUCUUAAAUCUUUAAUGGCACCAUACCCAAACAGUGACUAUUUCCUCAGGUGGGAAAAUAUA